AUGAGUCUAGAUUUUAUUGGAUAUUUAGUAUCUAUAGAAUGUUCUCCAAAUGGUAUAAUUGAAGGAAGAAUUUCAUCGUUAGACACUUCAAAUAAUACUAUUACUAUCGUGGAACCUAUAAUGGAUGGUAAAAAAACUGACAAACAAAAAAUUACAAUACAUCAUUCUAAUAUAAAAAAACUUCGUGUUAUUGACAAACCAACAAUUGAUGAUGUAGUUUCAAUAUUAGAUAUUGACCCAAAAGUAGUUUUAGAUGAAGAAGAUGAGCCUAUAAUAGAUGUUAAAAAUGUAACAAAAAUACCUAGAAAUGAUUUAUCCUCAAAUAAUAAAAAAAAUUCUGAGCCAAUAAAAUUUUUAACUGAAAACGAUAUAUUAAAUCAAUAUGUAACAAAAAUUAAAAAAGAAAAUGAAAAAAGUGAUUUUGAUUUAAAUUCUGUAAAAUAUUUAACUGAAGGUGAUAUGAUAAAAAAUGAAUCAACUAAACAACAAUCAUCUAAAACUAGAAAACCUGCUGUAAUACCAGUAUAUGAAGAUCAUGAGUAUUCAGAUGACGAGAUACGUACAAAACAAAUUAAAAAAAAAGAUUUAGUAAAAAAUGUUCAAUCAGUAUUUACUGCUAAUGUACUAGAGCCAACCUCGACAAAUACUGAAAGUGUUCCUACAGUUGCUAAGAAAUUUGGUGGUGUACGAAUGAUUCCAACAAGUUGUAUAAAAUCACUAAAUAGAAAAGGUAAAAUAAAUGCUUUAACUGAUGCUAUGAAGCAAGAAGUUUGUACAAAAAAUUCUUCAAAAGACAAUUUUAUUGAAAAUAUUUCUCCUAAAAAUACAUUAAAUUCUAUUAAUGACCCUAACCUUGGUGAUGUUACUGAACAUCGAGAUUUUGGACAAUUUAAAUAUUUUUUUAAUCCACAAAUACCAGAUCCAAAUGCUAUUGAAGCAUUAAAACAAAAAAAGAAAGAUAAAAAAAAUGGAGAGUGUGGAAAAGAUAAAAUUCAUCACAAACCUAAAAAUUAUAAAUCUAACAAAUAUAGUAAUGAUUUUGAUGUGACAUUAGAUUAUGAUCUUAUCAAUACAGAUUUUGACUUUGAUUUAAAUCUUUCUAAAUUUAAUGAAGAUAUGAAAGAUUUAGAUAUUCCUAGUUCACCGAAGAAAAAUAAUAAGAAUUAUGGACAUGAUGAAAAUGUACUUACUGAUCCUACAAGAAUUAAAUCAUGGACUAUGAAAACGCGCAAAACCGUACCAUCAUUUAAAUCACUUUUUAUUCAACCUGUUACCUCUGGAUUUGAUUUGCCAUUUUUUUCUUUAGAGGACAAAAAAGCAUAUAUUAAAGAAGGCAUUAAAUACUUAGGAAAAGACAUCAUAUAUUCAACUUUAGCUGAUAGACUUUUUUCAUUCGUUAUUGAGUCUUCAUGUAGAUGUGAAUUUACUUUACAAAAUACCGUUGUUGUUGGUGAUUCAAAUUCUGAUCCAACGUUAGUUAAAAAACUUUCUAUUCAUCUUUGUAAUCGAUCUAUUUAUCAAAAUGAUUCCAAAUCAUCAGUUACAUUUAUUGGAGUUCCAGAAGAUCCAGAUUUCCCUGAUAUUAAAUAUGUUAAAUCAGCCAAACAAUUAUCAUUAAAUACUAGGUGUAUUAUUUUAUUGAGUGAUGAUAUGAAUUCUUUACCAAAAGAUCUUUCAUUAUGGUUAACACGAAUGGGUAAUGGUCCAAAUGCAGCUCACGUUUUUGCUAUAGAUUUUGAACCUUUAGGGUUAUCACAGAUUCAUGUUCUUUUUACAUGUUUUGGUCAUGAUGCAUCUUCCAAAAUUAUUGGACAUGGAAAACAUUUUACUACAAGAAUUUCUUCCUGUUCCAGUCCUACAUUACACAGUGAAACUUCAACAAAUAAUUCACAAAGGAAUUCCCGUAAUGUAACAAAUAUAAUGUUUGAUAGUGAUGCUGCAAUAUGUGAUCUUGGAAUCCCACUAUCUUGGGUUGAUGCUGAGUCACGUCAAGCUUUAAGUCAAAUAUUUGCCACUCAACUUCUAUUCCGCCUUUAA